UCAACACAGGAUACGAGGAUCUGGGUUAACUUUACCCAAUCACUUUGUUUACCACAGGUUUGUAAUUUAAUCGUCCCUAUCUGAUUUGUUAAGUGUUGUAACAUCAAAAAGACAAGUUAGAUGGGUAACUCUUCCUCCCAAGGUACGACACAUGGGUUGACAACAGAAAAAUGCUGGAAAGCUAGACAAACAAUCCAAGCAUCUCGUGAAAAGAUUUUAGCAGCUCUUCGUGAAGAAUGCGAUAAAUGCUCUGAUGAUAUAGAUUUGGACGAAGAGUCACACCAACACUAUGGUGAUUCAGGUGGUAGCCAUAUCGAUUCAACACAAUAUCGUUUCCCAUUCGAAAAUUUGGUGUUGGAAGGUGGGGGUGUGAAAGGUCUUGUCUAUUGUGGACUCGGUCGGGCUCUUGAGGAACACGGCAUUUUAAAACAAAUGCACAGGUUUGCCGGUACAAGCAUAGGGUCUAUUUGUGCCGCAUUGUACGCUGUCGAAUUUAAUUCACAUGAUGUUGAGCAAAUUAUGAGUGUAAAUCUAGAAACACUUGUUAGCGAUGCGUCAUAUGGAUAUUUCAGUCUGAUACCAAACUUAUUGUCACACUACGGGUGGCAUCCAGGAUCAAGAUUUCUCAAUUAUCUGGGAGAAGUUUUAUCUGUGAAAACUAAUAAUCCCGAUAUUACAUUUCGCGAGGUAUACAAGAAAUUUGGAAAUGAAUUAUGCGUUGUUAUUACAAAUGUGAAUACUAUGUCAGAAGAAUAUUGUCAUGUAAAAACUACGCCUGAUAUGCCCAUUAGAAUGGCAGUGCGCAUGUCAAUGUCCAUUCCAGGUGUAUUUCAAAGUGUACAGAAAAAGCUGUUUGGUGAAACGAACUAUUAUGUCGACGGUGGAGUUAUUUGCAACUAUCCCAUUCAUUGUUUUGAUGGAUGGUGGUUAUCUUUGGAUCAUCAUGACAGUUUCCUACAGAAAAUCCAGCCAAUCUCCAAAAUAGAGUCAAUCAUGGAUAGAAAAAACAGAUUUCAAGUUGUACCAGGGCCUAUGAAAACAAUUGGGAGUCUGAUUUUCUCUACAAACGAAGCCGAAGUCUACAAAGCUGAGAUAUUGAAGAAGUCAGGCGUCUCCAUGGGAAAAUUACCAAACACUAAAUUGGCAAGACAGUGGAUAAAAACUGAACAAGGUAAAGGGAAGAUAAACAAGGCAUAUACAGAAGUAUGUGAAGCUGUAACUGCAUUCAUCGAAGUUUUACGAAAACAUAAUCUUGAUGGAAAUGACGUCAUUUCAAAAGCAGAAUUCGAAAAAGCAUUUUCUGAAGCUGAUUUUGGAGAUCACCAUAGUAAAUUGUUAUUUGGGGAGGGAUGUGGUCCUCAUUUGGCGUUCGAUGCACUUGACAGGGACGAAAGUGGGAGCAUUACUUACAAUGAACUGAUAAACUUCGUUGAAGGAACAGGAGUUAGCAUCCAUGAAAAAUACUUGGGGUUAAAACGGACAGAAGUCAAUGGAUUUUUCAGUUUUCUGGGAACGGUAUUCAAUGCUCUGGCAAUAAAUCUUAUGAGGAUAUUUAUCAGGAGUUCUGAUAUAGACCGAUCAAUUGGAAUAAAUUCGUGGUACAUUAAAACAAACGAUUUCGGUCUGGAAGAGGGUGACAAGAAGUUUCUGGUAGACCAAGGACGAAGGUCUACUAUCAAAUAUUUACAACAUUUUGUAUUUGACAAUAACCCAGAUAAAGUUUCUAAAGCUGUUAUAAGUGCCAGGGAUGUUCCGAAUAAACCAAGUCUUACUGACACGCAGAUUGCACGGAUCAGUAAAAUAUAGAACAGUACACGGAUGUAGUUAUACAGUGUAGCUACAUAUGAUACUCUGAUGAAAUCUUCAAGAUUACGAACGUUUGAACGGUAGUUACAUUAUUGAUAUUUAUAUUUUUACAUAUGGUUUCAUAUUUCUAAAUAAAGUUUCCUUCAUCUU